AUGCAUCGCAUAUCAUCAAUAUCUUUGCGACAAAAAUCGACGCUUGCUGAUAAAUUGAGAGCAGCAGUCACUGGAUCCGAUAAAUCAAAACAAGCAGUUUUGGGGAGUUUGACAGUUAAAGAUGACGGAGGCGAAGAUUUUCGAGAGUUAUACACAAUGCCAAAACGUAAACUUCGUGGUCAACUUCAACUCGAACAAGCAACAGGUCGAGCUGAAGUAAAACAACGCAGUCGAAUGGAUAUAAAUGAUAGAUUGGCUGUAAGACAACCUAGAAGUGAAGAGAUGAAUCCAGAUCAAGAAUGGUCAAAUGUUUGGCCGGCUGCAAGAUCAUUUGCAUCUAGUGUUGUUCCUUUGCCAGUUAGAAUGGGAACUCGACCAAAUGUUGAUAAACGUGCUCCAUUUAAAAAAGAAGGAAAUUUGGAAUUGGUUAAAAUUCCAAACUUUUUGCAUUUAACACCAGCAGCAAUUGAAAAACAUUGCAAUGCGAUCAAAAGUAAGCUAUUUUGAUUUUCAAAAGAAUAGAUUAAAUAAUUUCGUUGUUUUUUCUAGAAUUCUGCACACCAUUUCCACCAGAACUUCUUGCUGAUUCAUCACUUCAACAAUCCGAAUUACCAAUUACCGUUCAAUAUAAUACAUAUAUUCAUCAAGGAACAAAUAUUCGAGAUAUCAGAAGUCGUGUAAUAACAAUGACAAUCGAUGUGAAUUCGUUGAAACUAUCUGAAAGUUCUUAUAAUAAAUUGGUUAGAUUGGCAAAGGAUCGAUAUGAUGAAAAGAGUGGAUUGUUGACAAUUAUUACAGAUAGAUGUCAUACAAGAAAACAGAAUUUGGAAUAUGCGUAUUAUUUGUUGACUGUUCUUUUCCACGAAUCAAACGUAAGAACUUUUGGGAAAUUUAAGUAUUUGUUUCUUCUGACCUGCAAUUUUUGGAAAAACGUGACUUUUUGUGCCACAUCUUUUUUCUAAAUAAUCAUUUUCAAAAAUUCCUCCAACGUUUUUUUACAGAAACUCGAAUCAUGGGAAAAUCUCGAAGAACGCGCAGACAAUCUGAAAGUCAAUUUCGAAACUUCGCAAGUCCGUCAAAAACUCGUCGAUCUCAUUGAAACAUCGCCAAACUCCCAAAUUACUCAAGAAAAAAUUGACGAAUUCGGAAAAAUGUGGAAAACUUAUCGAAAUUCGGAGGAAACUGUUGAAAGUACACGGGAAUAUAGUAGACAAAUCAAGAGUUUAUUAGGAAUCAGGGCUUGA